AUGGUUCGAGAGUAUGAUGAUAGUCAUAGCAGUCGUCGUGGAAGACAAGGACAAGGUCGAGGAAGAGGACGACGUCGUGAGCAUGACAAUCGUUAUUCAAGAAGCAGUCGAGGAAGAGAAAAUGACGAAGUUGUUGGUGGAAAGACGCGUGGGUAUCACGUUCAGCGGCUUCCGCUCAAUCCAUUAAACCUCCAGUUUCUUCGAUCCGUGCUCAAAAAUUGUCCUAACCAUAAGCUUCAAGAAAUAAUAAAUCAAUUGAAAGAAACGUGGCUACAUUGCUGGCAAGGGGUUGAGAGUCUACCGUUGGAUGCUCUUAGAAUACUUUUGUCGGCAUUAGCUUGUUUGCUAUUUUCAGCAUCUGUUGCUCCACCUCUUUCGACAAUAAGUAAUGCCGUUCAUGUCUUUCAAAGUCAAGUGAUGCCAUCUAUGGACAAUACAUUAGAUGGCAAUGAUACCACCCUUGAAGGUGUUGAACUCGUUGAACGCGUUGUCUUGAGAUUACUUCAAGUUUACAUGGGACUUGAAAAGAGAUGA